AUGGAGAAAUCUAUCUUUACUCCUCAGGAAAUUGCAACUAUGAGCGCACCAAACCGUAGGACCAUCUACCAGGCGAGCUUAGAAGCGUACAUCGACGAGUUGCAUGAGAAACUCCAUGCGAAGGAAUGCUAUCCGGUGCCAGCCGACGACCUCAAGCCCUGGAAAGGUCUCAACGAUAAGACGGCAAGGAGCUUGGUUGCUGGUCUUCAGCACGAUUCAACGCUGCAAAAGCAGAAACUCAGGGAGCUCGAGCGUGCGAACUUGGCACUGCGCAACGUACUGAAGGGCCCGGUAGACUAA